AUGACGCAGAAAGGGAAGCUAUUCAAAGGCCAGCAGAAGAAGAAAACGAUUCCUCCCAGCCGCCAUGGAAAAAUCACUCAAACUCGCAAAGGGAAGCGAGUAAUCAAACCUUCUAAAAUCAGCAGUGAUAUGGAUGCCGAUCGUGAGAUAACAAAGUUCAUAAACCAGUGCAAUGAGGUGAAGGCCGCCACUGCUGCAAACAAGGAAGGUGGCCAAUUAAGCAUUGUAAAAACACCUCAAGAGUCUGGUAGUAACGCAAAGCAACAGUAG